CCUAACCGCUUUCCUAUUGGCCAUACCCCGACUCACGUGACGCUAGGAGAGCGCGCCUGACUUCCGCCAGGCAGCGGACCUCGGGCGAGGAGCUUCGGAGACCUGCUCCGUGUCAUGGCGUCGUCCCAGGGUCGGCGGAGAAGGCUGGGGACGGUGGUACCUGGGGAAGCGGCGGAGACCGACUCGGAGCUGUCUGCGUCCUCGUCGGAGGAGGAGCUCUACCUGGGUCCGUCGGGCCCUACGCGCGGCCGCCCCACGGGGCUGCGUGUGGCCGGGGAGGCGGCGGAGACCGACUCGGAGCCCGAGCCCGAGCCCGCGGCCGCGCCGGGAGACCUGCCCCCGCUCGUGGUGCAGCGCGACGCGGUGGAGACGUGGGGCACGGAGGAGACGCCGGCCAUGGCGCCCGCGCGCUCGCUGCUGCAGCUCCGCUUGGCCGAGAGCCAGACGCGCCUGGACCACGACGUGGCGGCUGCGGUGAGCGGCGUGUACCGCCGCGCGGGUCGCGAUGUGGCCGCCCUGGCCGGGAGGCUGGCGGCCGCUCAGGCCACCGGGUUGGCAGCCGCCCACAGCGUGCGUCUGGCGCGCGGGGACCUCUGCGCGCUCGCCGAGCGCCUGGACAUCGUGGCUGGCUGUCGCCUGCUACCGGACAUUCGAGGGGUGCCGGGCGUCGAGCCCGAGCAGGACCCGGGGCCGAGAGCCUAGGCUGUCACUGUGCCCCCCACCUGACUCUGCCUCGCGGUGGACACGCGCACGGCCUGCGGCUUCUGACUCUGUCUUUGUUCCUGGGUCACCGAGGCCUCCAAGGCGUGGCAGCGUUUGAUCGAUGCCGACGGAAGCCGAAUCUUCAUUGGUUUGGCCGGAUGACAUUCUUGGCGCAGUUCUGGGAUCCCCAACCCGAGACUCGGCCCAGGUUCUGUGGCUAAGUAGCCCAGCCCCCACCCCCUCCCUCUGGGCCUGUUUCCUGAAUCCAGCUAGACCCCUAGGCAGGGCGGCGUUUGCUUUCUUUUUUUGAACCUCUCUGAGUUUAGGUUUUGGGGGGUGGCGGUGACCCUCUAGUAUACAUCCCUAAAUGACGGUCACUCCCGAUCCGAGGACACCUUCCUCUUACACGUACGCCUCCUACACACAGGUCCGUGGCCAGAUGCAGACCCACCUAGGUGGUAACCCUAACUCUCGGCGUUUGGGUUCAGGCAGCGCCCCCUGGUGUUUGAUCGCUAUAGGGACCUGGCUCCACAAGUGUUGGCUUCCUGACCUCUGGGCGCCGAGGAUAGCUGGUUCUUUUUGCCUGUUUGGGUUCGGCUGUUAGUCUCUGUCUUAAUGAGGAGUCUCUGACCUUAUGUGGAAGGGAGCUUGGGUGGUGGGAGAGACUGUAGCUCAGCGAUGUUGUGUAUGCUUAGUGCGGGCACUCCAGGCGUGGGUUCAAUUCCUAGUACCACCCUGCGCCAAAAGAAACAAAGAAUCUAGAGCAUUCUUAGACGCCUGUGCCUCCUUUUAAAGAUGUACCCCCCUUAAUUCUAACUUCCUGCUAAUUUU